GGGAGAAACAUUGAAGUUCUUUUCGUUUCGUUCAACUUUGCAUUAAAAACAUGUCUGGACGUGGAAAAGGUGGUAAAAUAAAGGGAAAGGCAAAGUCCCGCUCUAACAGAGCUGGUCUGCAGUUCCCUGUUGGACGUAUCCACAGACUGCUCCGAAAAGGAAAUUACGCUGAACGCGUUGGUGCUGGGGCUCCUGUCUAUUUGGCAGCAGUCAUGGAAUACUUGGCCGCUGAAGUUCUGGAAUUGGCGGGUAACGCUGCCCGUGACAACAAGAAGACUAGGAUUAUUCCUAGACACUUGCAAUUGGCCAUCAGGAAUGACGAGGAGUUAAACAAACUGCUUUCUGGAGUCACCAUCGCCCAGGGUGGUGUUCUGCCUAACAUCCAAGCUGUUCUUUUGCCCAAGAAGACCGAAAAGAAGGCAUAAAGUGCUCUGUAUAGAUCCGCACACUCAUAACGGCCCUUUUUAGGGCCAACAAAUUUAUA